CCUCGCCAGCGCGCCUGGGCGCCCGCGGGCCAUGGAGCUGGCAGCCGGGAACCUCAGCGAGGGGAACGUUAGCGGACCCGAACCCCCCGCCCCGGAGCCCAGACCACUCUUCGGCAUCGGCGUUGAGAACUUCAUCACUCUGGUGCUCUUCGGCCUGAUCUUCGCGUUCGGCGUGCUGGGCAACAGCUUGGUGAUCGCCGUGCUGGCGCGCAGCAAGCCGGGCAAGCCGCGCAGCACCACCAACCUGUUCAUCCUCAACCUGAGCAUCGCCGACCUGGCCUACCUGCUCUUCUGCAUCCCCUUCCAGGCCACGGUGUACGCGCUGCCCACCUGGGUGCUGGGCGCCUUCAUCUGCAGGUUCACCCACUACUUCUUCACGGUCUCCAUGCUGGUCAGCAUCUUCACCCUGGCGGCGAUGUCGGUGGACCGCUACGUGGCCAUCGUGCACUCGCGGCGCUGCCCCUCCCUGCGGGUGCCCCGCAGCGCGCGGCUGGGCGUGGGCUUCAUCUGGGCGCUGUCCAUCGCCAUGGCCUCCCCCGUGGCCUACCACCACCGCCUCUUCCACUGGGAAGUCAGCAACCAGACCUUCUGCUGGGAGCAGUGGCCCAACCAGGGCCACAAGAAGGCCUACGUGGUGUGCACCUUUGUCUUUGGCUACCUGCUGCCGCUUCUGCUCAUUUGCUUCUGCUAUGCCAAGGUCCUGAAUCAUUUGCAUAAAAAUUUGAAGAACAUGUCAAAGAAGUCAGAAGCAUCGAAGAAAAAGACCGCGCAGACGGUUCUGGUGGUGGUUGUAGUUUUUGGGAUAUCCUGGCUGCCACACCAUGUCAUCAGUCUCUGGGCUGAGUUUGGGGUUUUCCCACUGACCCCCGCCUCCUUCCUCUUCAGAAUCGCUGCCCACUGCCUGGCGUACAGUAAUUCCUCGGUGAACCCCAUCAUAUAUGCUUUUCUCUCUGAGAAUUUUAGGAAGGCCUAUAAGCAAGUGUUCAAGUGCCGCAUUCACAAUGCAUCACCUCUUAAUGAUACUAAAGAGAACAGAAGUCGAGUAGACACCCCGCCGUCCACCAACUGCACUCACGUGUGAGAGGGGUGUUAGCACACACUUGUGGAGUUUCCCCACGCGUGGACCAGAUGCAAAACCACACAGGAGGGGCUCAGCAAGGCUGCAACUUCUUACGUUCCCAACAAUUCAUGUCAUUUUAACUAAAUUCCACUUGGUUUUUUUAAAAAAAACUGCUUUGAUCCAUUUAGGAAAUCUCUAGGAAAGAUUAUUUCUAAAUUUUAUUUCCAAAACAAAAGAAAAUGCCAACGAGUUUUAUGCCUCUACAGAAAUGAAAGUUUAAAAGAGUUCCAUAGAUAUGUUCAAGUCUUCACAGAAUAAAGAAUCAGGACCGAUAAAUAUGGUCAGGAAUAUUGGCAAUCUACAUUUUGAAGCAAAUUUAUUUAGAAAAAAAGUGUAUGUGUUAAUUCUUCAAUUUUAAGAAAAUAGGUAAUGUUGUAGGCUAUGUGUUUUAAAAUAUGAUCACGGACACACGAUGAAAGUUUUACCUGAAUUUAAUUUUUGUGGCCGUUUGUAUAGAGAUGUAUCUCUAUACAAACAUCUGUUAAAUGGAAGUAAGACUUUGCCAAGUGUAUUUGCACAGCCCUAGUUUUCUCCCGCCUGUAAAUAAGGAACAGGGUUUCUGGGGACAAGCUGCACCCGUGUGGGAUCAUGAGGUCUGUUAACUACCCCAGAGACUAGCGCUCGGAUGCCCUGGUGACUCGGGAUGGCAGCCGUGGGUGCUGUCCUUAAAACUAUCCCGUGAUGUAUGCUUUGUAGAGUUAAUUAAAAAAAAAAUCAGGGAAAAAUGCCAAAUGCAACUAUUCUAAGAUUGGAAGCUCUAGGUGAGAUUUGAAAAGGAAACUGGUCAUGAGAGUUUUAUAAAUCUUCUUGCCCGGGGUAGUAGCUAUGCCUCGAAUCUCGAAAGGAACUGAGCCAAAGAGAGUUAAAAAAUAAGUCAGUGAGGACGCUGUGUAGAUAAUAAUUUCUCUGGGGCCAGAGAGAAGUCAGAAUUCAGUAAGCCACGUGCAGCAAUGGAUAUGCCACGUGCAGAAAGCACACUCGAUGUUUGAUUCAGAUAACGUUUGAGGAAUAUGUUGUGCAAACAAAUGCUUUUUUCAUUAAAUUUGUAGUAAUGUUAAAUGCACAUUUAUCCCAAAUAUUGCUUCAUCUGGAAAUGUUAAAUUGAAGUUAAAAUGAUCACAAGCUGAAUUUCAAAUGUAGUUUUCAUGACAAUUUCAUAUUUAUUCAUGUUUACAGUGAAAAAAUGGGGUGAAAAUAUUAAAUUAUCCUAUCAUAGAAGACUAGUUUUCAGACUACGGGAUUUUGAUAUAUUUUAGGAGAAUACUAAAACAACAAGGCUUUUAAAAAAAGGAUUUAGCAUAAUGUACACCUGUGUCAAAUCAAGAUUCCAUAUGAAAUAUAGAAUUUUAGAUAAAAAACUCAAUACAAGUCUUUGCAUGUUAAAUUCUCUAGGUUAUGGACUGAUUGUCACUAAUCACAAACACAAACACAAACAGUAUUUAUGCUUAAAAUGGUACAACUGAUUCUCUAGACAGAAAAGGAGAAAAUUCUUUGAAAAGAUGGGAAAUCAUGAGCUUUCAUGUUUGGGCCUGGGGAAAGAAGCUGUGUGUAUGUGUAUGUGAGUAUUUUAAAGAAUAGCGUAGGUCCUUUGCAUAGAACAUUUUUUGCACUUUAUUAAAUGUAGCAGCAGAAACGUUGCAUCCUGACGAUACCUCACGUACUUUGUGGAACUUGAAGCUGCUGUUGCAAACACCCGUUAACACACACAGCUGUAUGGAGACGAGCCUCCUGGCUGCCUUUGGAUUUGCAUGGUUGACAAAGGCUUCCUGCACUGCGGCUGUUCCUCGGUUUUCCUCUCCCGAUUCCUCCACACGCACAAGGGAGUAUUAAAAAAAUACAGUACCUAAUGCUGCUGUUCUGUCGGCAGAACAUGGAAGAUGUGCUGCAACAGGACGCGCUUACUGACCCACAUUGCUCCUCUUGGUCCUUUUGCCAUUUGUUGUCGGCAGGACAGAAGGUAGAGGAACCACUGGUCCCCGUGAAACCUCAAAUUUGCUGAGUGUGGAUGCAAAUCACUUCGUUUCGUAGUUAGAGCAGACUUUUUUCCUGCCCAUCGUCAUUCCUCGCCUUCAGAGCACAGGUGGUCGCUUGUGUAACAGAUUUUGAUGCUGAUGAUAACGUGUAUCCUGCGAAGAUCUGAUAGGAACAGACUCCAGUUGCCCAGAGAAGUGUCGGAGUGUCUGCUUCCUAGGGGUUUGUUUUUCUAAUACAUAAUUGAUGUGACGAAUUCAGAAGCACCUUUGCUUCCUUCACUAAAUAAAGAAGACCUCCCAAGGACACGCUUUUUCUUGCCACAGCCAGACUAAAGGAGAAAUACUGUAUUUGCCUUUGAAGUCGGGCUGCUUGAAAACCAGGUUUUUGGUGAACCUCAAAGAAAAUUGAUGUUUUCCACCUUAGAUUUGGCUGCCUCAGUAUCCCAAGGUGACUGUUAUAUUUCUGGACAUUGGCUUUCACAUUUAGAGACUGGCUCUGGCAUGUUAAAUAGCCAAAUUGCCGACAGCUUCUUACAUCUGUGUCCCGAUUUCAGUUUCCUGCUGAGAAGAAGAGAGACAUGGUUGGAAAGUCUUUCCCGUUCUUCAUCCCCAGGAGAUCUCUUCAGGAGAUGUUCUCUGCUGCUCUGACCAUGUGCGUGCUCAGAGGCCAUUCUCUGGAUAUUUUAGGUACAUAUUUUUGCCUUUAAUGCAAUUGUUCUAUGCACACAUUGGGAGUAAUACAGUCAUCUCCUUCUCUUCCUCCAUCCACACUGUCUUGUGCUUUUCUCGAUACUUGCGUGCAUCCCGAGUUUGUCACUGUGAUAUUUACUAUAGUGGAAUCCCUCCUUCGACCCCAUUAUGCAGAGCGACGGUGAAGAGGGGAGGUGGUUGCCGAGCUGCACGAGCCACUCGGGCUACAAGCUGCUUGUGAGUCAACUGUCACCUGGGGUCUGACCCAGUGCCUUGGGACGCGCGGAGGCAGUGAGGCUCACAGUUCCUGCCUGUUAGCUGAAAGCCGAGGUCAGGCUUCUUGUGAGCAGGAGAGAGGAACCUGGCUGGGCAUCCAUUUCCUUUCCCAGGAUGCCCAGAUGCUUGCGAGUCCCAAAACGCUCGUGCUGAAGCCGCUAAAUACAAUAAUGGAUGGCUUCACCAUAUUCCUGCUUAAAGGGACUAAUUAAACACAUGUAUAUAAACUAAACAGUCAUGUAAUUUGGGUAAUUAUAUCAAUGUGGUUUCUUCCUCUGGAAACUUGUCAUCUAAAAUGUGUAAAUUUGAUCUACACUGAUGGCAGAUGUCUCCCAGCUUUUAAAAUUUGUGAGUGGCUUUCUAGAUAAGGCAAUCAUGUUCUUCUUGGCCAUUAAAAAAUGUUGUGCAUUAGGUUAUUUGUCAAGUGGAUGUUAAUGACUUGUUUACGUCAAAAAGCCAUAUAAAGCAAGAGUAGGUGGCCUAAAACGCUGAUGGUUACCUAUUGUCUUGGAAAGAAAAAAUUACGGAAUGCAAUUAUAUCUGAUUUUAAUUUAUAAAGUAUCUUGAUUUUUCUCUUUUAGAAGUGGAAAACUUGAGCCUGAUGAACAGUUUAACACGCUGAUAACCUCUUUGAUGUGGGCUGUGUCUAAGGACAGUGUGCUCUUUAUUGUAAUGCAUCACUCAGGAUCUUUUGUUUGUUGACUUUUAUUAGCAUGGUAGAUUCACUCACACUCACCUUUUUAACUUUGGCUGCCCUUCUGAGAUCCAGAGCUGGGCACAUCUACUUGAUUUUGGCAAGACCUUUAGAAACAUCAGCGGGCCCUGGGCAUUUGCUUCCCUGCUGUGUUGGGCCCUACUCACCGCUUGCUCCUGAGCGCAUGCUCCGUGCACCCUCCUCCAGCCCUUGUUCACGUGCACCUGAGAGCUCGGGUUCUGUCCUGGAUGCAGCUGCACCGGGAGGGGUCAUCCUGGCAGGCAGAGAGCAAGCUCUUAGGUCUUGUGUACAUUGGGGAAAUAAUCUCAGCUGAACUUCCUCCGUCUGUUCUAACGUUGGCUGUUUCCCAUAUUUAAACAAUUGUGUGGAGAACUGGUCCUACGGUUAAAGGUUUCAAUGCACUACUGAGGUGGGAAGCCUCAUCCUUUCUGCUGGUGAACAGAUUUCUGGAUGUCUCUGGGUAUGUUGUGCGAGUCCAAGUUUCCAGCAUAAGAGGUCAGAUCUCCAGCUGCUAGAAGAGAUUGGAACUGGGAUCCACCAUUCAAAUUCUUUACUCUCAGGCAGCGGUAAUGUAUAAACUGGGGUGAAUCUUGGGGGCCACUAUGGGUCUCAUAGGGGACACCAUGCACUCUAGCACCUUAUUUCAAAAGAUCGCGUAUUGAUUGUUAAAACUGAACCAUUUCUGUGUCAUUGUUCUGAAGACCACGGUGGAUCUAUGAAGUUCUUUCUCCCCCUUCGGUGAGCUUGUUCUGGGUCGCCAAGGUAACCUGCCAUCCGGUGGGUGAAAACAGGAUGGGGUAGGGGCUGGUGCUGGUGAGGAAUGGAUUGUGUGGGAGCCCUUUACAGUGUGUUAAACGUCGGAGCCAGUGUGAGGCAUACAUCCAGGCACGGGAAAGGUAGUGAGGGCACAUCUUGCAUGGGACGGGUUGUGUCUAUGCGGCCAGAUGCACCUGUCACCAGCACUGCAGGUGUGGCAGAUGACGUAAGGGAUUCUGUGGUGAAGGGAUGAGUGUCAGCCCCUACAGAAAAUUUGUGAAGUCCCCACUUUACGGAGCUUAUGCAGCAGGGUACCAAAGGUGAAAUGGGAGGCCUCCACGAUGUAACCGGCUGUGGCUGGCAUCUAAAGGAUUGCUGAAGGUUCAAAAAAUUGCAGAGUGUCACCUAAGUGUUGGUUGCAGAGCGUGCUCCUUGGGGACCUCAGGCUCUGUAGAUCUUCAGGGCCGUGCACCGAGGAGGGAGAGCCAAGGCCAGGGGAGUGGAUGCCAGGCUCCUGUGUGGUUCAACCAGAGCACAUCUGCCUCAGUCUGCCUCUGGAUUUGCACCUCACAUUUCACUGAUAGCUACUUAGAAACAACUGAUCCAAGGCAAUUUGCGAUCUUCCAAAUUUGUCAUCCUUGAGGGAUCCCUGAAUAACUAACACUUUUCAUAUCUUCAUUUUUUUGGCUGGACUCAUGCCUUUUUCCUGGUUACCCUAUCCAUAUUUCUCCCUUUAACAGUGGAAUGUCACAAACACAAGCCUCAAGAGAAAAUUACUUUUGUAAGGAUCACGGAUGACCACUUUCUUCAGAGAACCGGAAGGUAGUAGAGCAGGCCCAUGGGCACGUUCAUCCUGAGGGCCCUCUUUGGGGAGCUGAUUCUGGUGAUGCCACACCCACCGGAGCUCCCCUCAGAACAGAGAGGGGAGUCAGGAGGCGGGCACCUGGCUCCAACAGCUCUCCCAGGCACGCUCCGUCUGGUGGUGCAGGAUGAGGCUUCCCGCCAUGCUCUGCCCCUCCCUGUAUCCACUCUGCUAAGAGAUUUGAGCAGGGGGAUGGCCUUUCCGUGAUCCCUGAGCUGGCUACAGCUCUUUCUGAUUGGCCAUAACCGAAGACGAAAUUUAGCUGAGUACCUUGGGGCACAGAAGAGCCAAAGUAAAGGGCCAGAAUCCAAUUAUAAAUGGAUGUCUUGCCAUUUAACCUGCUAGUGUGGAUAUCACUAGUUAAACAGUGUCCUUCUAGAAAUGACCAAAGUCCAAGAAAGCAGAAGUGGAUGGGGGGGGCGGUGGUUCCUGCUGAUUUUCAGUGGAAACCGUCCCAUCUUGUUAGAAAGAAAAAUCAUUGUAAACAUGUAGUUGUGACACAUUUUGUCCAGCUUUGAUGAGGAGAAACUAUUGAUUACAACGGAAAGCAUGUCAUUUCCCCACUGAAGAGACUGUUGCUGGUGUGUAGACGUAGCUAAUGAAGUGGAAUUCAGUGAUGCAGCUCAGGGUCGGGGGACACAGGGUGAGAUGGGUAGGAGAGUCGGGCACGCGUGUCCUACUUAAUUACCCGUAGCCUCAGGGUCCCGUGGGGAACCUAACAGGGAAGGUAUUGCUGAGUGAGUGAGCAGAUGCUUCGUGUGUGAUAUUUUCAAAACAGGGCUAACAUGGAUAUAAAAUUCAAUUUAACGAUCCUCUUCACAUUAAAUCAGAUUAUAAUUUAGGAAUAUUUACAACCUGAAAUGAAUACAUUAAUAUUAUUUUCCAUACAUUGAUUUUUCUAAGAGUCAUGUUUUAUUGUCAUAUAUUUCAUAAAGAUUGAAGAUUUCACACUGAGGGUUAGGAAUGCAAUGUUUCCUUGAACGGCGUUGGCAAAUCUUUUAGUUUCUCAAAUUGUAUCUGCCUGAGUGAGGAGGACAACUGUACCUUGUACAAAAGGUCAUAGACGUUGGGGCCCUUCAGGGAGGUUUGGUUUAACCCUGUUGGUCAGCUGCUUUGGAAAGGCUGUCUUUGGUAUUCUUACAUAUAAAAAAAGACUUGAAAGGGAUGAAUGAUUGUGAGUCCCGAAACGGAAACACAUUGGGAUGAACUAGGGGUGCUGCAGAAGGUACUCAUGAUGCUCGGGCCUCAGCUUACAGCCAUGGUUCUCAAGCUUUACCAAGUAUCAGGAUCUCUUGAAGAGCUUAUUAAAACAGACUACUGGACCUUGCCUCCAGAACUUCUCAUUUCGUGCAUUUGGGGUAGAGUCCCAAGAUGGGCAUUUCUAACAAGCAUUUUGGUGAUAUUGAUGCUGCAGGUCCAGGGACCACAUUUUCAGAGCUCCUUCGUGAUUCGAUUGUGUUGGAGAUGAAGCCCAGGCAUCUUUGUAAGGCCGAUGACAUACUGCCAGAGUUAAGAACCAUUCAAGUUGAGUAGAUGGCCCAUUGCACAUCUAAACUCCUGUGGUUCUAUGAAAAAGAAGUUGCUUAUAUGGGAUCUAAAUCAUUCAGAUUUUAUUGUUUACAUUGGUCAGAUUCAUAAAAUAUCUGUUCAACUAUUACAUUAGCCUAUCUGCAGAAAUUUACAAAUUUUCCAAGUGUGAAGGAGUUUGAUACCUUACAUGUAGGGAUUUCAGAGAUUAUCAUAUUUUUCCCCUCCAAAAAAUAGCUUGAUGGAAAAGAACACCUGUAUAUUAAUUUUGCCCCCUCUCCCCCAAAUAGAGGGGAGAAUAUAGCAUUCCAGUUGUUACAUGUGAAUUUUUGAACUCAGUGUUUAAAUUAAAUAUAUGCAUGUCUUUUUGUGCAGCUGUUGAUUUUUAACUACAUUAUUAUCUCUAAGAGAUAAUUGUAACUUCUCUGUCUUUAAGUUUUUCAGUUAAUUAUCUCUGGUUAACAUAGUGGUGUGGAUAAGGAAGAAAAUCUGUAUGUAUUGAUUUUUUGUUUUACUAAUAUGAUUGCUUACACACGGCUGUAUACAUAAUGAUGAGCAUGGAUCUGCUUAUACCAGCUGCUGUUACAAAUACUCUCUGAAGUUUGUUUCUUUAAAAUUUGUCCUAUCGUCUAUAAAUCUAGCAUGACUAUAACGUAUAAGUUUAGCAUGAAUACCAAUAACCUUACAAAGCCAAACAACAAAAACUGAGCUUGUAUUAAUCCACUUAGUACCAGAUGUAGGCAUCCCAAAUCACUUUGUGUUCUGCAUGAAGUUUAGGUGGAAUUUGUGAUUUGAACCAAUUUCUUGAAUUGAAAAUAAAAUUUGU